GUGGAUUUCCAACACGGCCAACUAACAAACGCCGCCAAGUUUCUCCCAUCCUAAUGGGCCGCUUGGUGUGUCCGACAUGUCAGUGCACAGAGAUCGACACGCACGAAGCCAGCGGUGAAUCCGUCUGCGUGUCAUGUGGUACCGUCGUGGAAUCGAAUGUGAUUGUGUCGUCCGUGGAGUUUUCCGAGAGCGGCGGCAGCCAUUCCGUGAUCGGGCAGAUUGUGUCUGGGAAUGCGACCAAGAUGAGCACCAACAUUGGGAUGGGUGGCAAGCACUACGAUUCCGAGAGUCGUGCAGCAACGUUGGCGACGGGUCGGAGACGGAUCAAGCAAGUGGCGGGGAUGUUGCGCCUCGGCGAGCAUUACGUAGAGAGCGCGGAUCGGCUGUUCGGUCUCGCGCUGCAGCGCAACUUUACACAUGGGCGACGGUGGCAGACGAUAGUCGCAGCCUGUCUGUACGUCGUGUGUCGAAGGGAGAAGUCGCCGCACUUACUCAUCGACUUCAGCGACAAGCUGCAGAUCUCGGUGUUUCAAUUGGGGGCUGUGUUCUUGAAGUUCUGUCGCCUGCUGCAGCUCAGCAUCCCGCUCAUCGAUCCGUCGUUGUACAUCCAUCGGUUCGCGUCCCAGUUGUCCUUAGGGUCCCAGAUGCACGUGGUCGCGAUCACGGCGCUGCGCCUCGUGUCAUCUAUGAAGCGCGACUGGAUGGACACGGGUCGACGGCCGUCCGGCAUCUGCGGAGCGGCGCUACUCAUCGCCGCGCGCUCCCACAACGUCCACUGCACGCUGUCGGACGUGGCGGAGAUCGUCAGCAUCGGCGAGAACACGCUCAAGAAGCGUCUGUCCGAGUUUGCCGUCACGCCCAUGGGACAGCUCACAUUUGACCAAAUGGGCAAAGUCGAAAUCCAGCUACUGGAGUGUGACCCGCCAUGCUAUUCCAAGAAUCGCGAACGCGAAGCCAUGCAAACGCUCCUUCUCGACAUGGACGAUGAAGAGCCCGUGGAUUCCGCGGCAUGGACGCUUCGCAUCGAGAACCAAUGGCAGCAUGCGUCCACGUCUGGCAAGGUUGCUGCCGCCAUUCCAAGCUCGACCACACAAGUCCCGCUUUUGCAAGAAGAAGAAGAAGAGUAUGGGUUUCAGGAUGAGAACGCGGCGUUGCUCGCACACGCAUCGAGGACGUCGGCGGCGUUGCUGGUCGAGUCGGUGCAAAAGCGAGGCCGGCGAUGGCUGCACAAGCAACGCGCGGACGCGGCGCUGUUUGCCACGCUCGAGCAGGAGCUAACUGACAGCAUCGAACAGGAAGAACCGACGACGUCAGUGGUUGUGGCUAGUUCGACAGCAACGCCGCCGCCGCCGACACGGCCCGAGAAACGACCCCACGACGACAAUAGCACUAUUGAACCAGAUGUGGACAUUGACGACCACGAGAUCGACGCCAUGAUCCUCACGGAAUCCGAAGCCGCGUCCAAGACCCAUCUAUGGGAAACCAUCCAUGCCGACUACUUGAAAGCCAAGGCCGAGAAGGAUCGGUACUUGGAAACCCAGCCGGCGAAGCGGAAAAAGCCCAAGCGUAUCAAGGUGCCGACGUCCGUGGACGGGGACGCCGCUGACGUGCCGCCGCCCCCCGAGAUGACAGCGCAACAUGCUAUUUAUGCGUUGCAGACGAAACAACGGAGCAAGUCGAAGAAUAUCAAUUACGACGUGUUGGCGGAAUUGUUUGCACACGACGGUUAACGUGAAGGGAGUGGUUGAUUUUAACUUCACAUGCGAUACAGUCCUGUGUCUUACUUGGCGUACAAUGGGAUUUGCCACUUCUUGGAGUGGUACACAGACUCGCCGACCUUCCACCCCGGCACGUUCUUCAUGCGCGCCUUCUCUUGCUCAAAGUAAUACGCUUCAUUCUGAAGAAACUCAAUGUCUUCUUCGGCUUGCAAGAACGGCAGCAUCGCAAUGCGGCGUUCGCGGACUUCGCGGCGCAACGCGCGGGUCUCUUGGUUCUGUUGCCCGACGAGGUAGAACCCCCACGAGGUCACGGCGAAGCAUCCGGCAAAGAUGGCCCAGCCGGGAGGUCCGCGGACUUCGGGGACGCCGCGGGCGAAGCGCAGCGGACGGAACCCGCCCUUGGGUGGCAAAUCUUGGACCGCAGGGCCAAAGUUAGGGGUAGCCAUGAUGCAAGCGGCGGAAAACUGAGUUUAUGGAGCGCAUGGCGCCGCCUUGUUGACGUCGCACUUAAUGC